CUUUGUUUGGAUUUGUUUUGAUUUCGCUGUUGUUGUGUAAUAUUCUUAGGGAAUUUAUUCAUGGUACUUACAAUUGCAAAAUUCUGUAGAAUGGCAACAAAUACUUCUGCUUUCAAAUUUAUAGAUAUUGGUGUCAAUUUAACUGACCAUGUAUUUAGAGGUGUUUAUCAUGGUUCAAAGAAACACGAGGAUGAUUUUUAUGAUGUUAUUCAGAGAUCAAAAGACAUAGGAAUGAAGAAGAUGAUUAUAACUGGAGGAAAUUUAAAAGAAUCCCUAGAAGCCUUAGAAAUAGCUAAAUCUCAUGAAAUGUUGUAUUGUACUGUCGGAUGUCAUCCAACUAGAACAAAUGCUUUUGAGAAAAGUGGUGAUCCUGACAAAUAUCUAGUAGAUUUAAUCAAUCUUGCCAAAUCUAAUUCAGAUAAGAUAGUAGCUGUUGGAGAGUUUGGAUUAGAUUAUGACAGACUCCAAUUCAGUCCAAAAGAAACUCAGUUGAAAUACUUUGAAAAACAGAUGGAUCUUGCUGAAGAGGCCAAGCUGCCAUUAUUCCUUCACAGUAGAAAUUGCUCACAAGACUUUUUAGAUAUCAUAAAACGAAACAGACAUAGAUUUUCUGGUGGAGUGGUACACUCAUUCACAGGCAGUAAAGAAGAGGCAAAAGAGAUUGUAGAUCAAGGUUUAUAUAUUGGUAUUAAUGGAUGUUCAUUGAAAACUCAAGAGAACAUUGAAACUAUGUGUUCAAUUCCUACAGAUAAACUCAUGAUUGAGACAGAUGCUCCAUGGUGUGAAAUUAAAGCAACUCAUGCAGGACACAGGUUUAUAAAAACAACAUUUCCCAGUAAAAAGAAAGAAAAAUGGGAGAAAGGAUUCUGUGUUAAAAGUAGGAAUGAACCUGCUCAUAUAAUUGAAGUGUUAGAAGUAAUGGCUGCCAGUAGAAAUGAAGAUAUAACUCAGUUAGCUGAUGUAAUGUACCAGAAUACAAUGUCAGUAUUCUUCCCAGACAAACCUUGAUGGUGGUUAAUUUAUAGAAUUGUAAAUAAAUUGUAAUUUAAAUUAAAACAUGUUUUAGUC